AUGGGAAAACCAGAUGAUAAAUACUUCAAUUCAAUUCCAAAAAAUUGGUCAUUCAUAUGCCAAGAUACUAUGCUUGGACUUUUGCAUUAUCCACAAACACCAAAAAUAGAUUUAAAUGAAAGUGCAGCAGUUGAAAUUUGGCUUACAACUCCACCACAUCGAAUAAAUGGAAAUGAUACUGUUAUUAUUCAAUGGAAACUAAGGGAAUGUACUGAUUGUUUUACAUGGACACCGAAACAACUUUCUUUUAACAUUGAAAAUUUCCAUGAACGACAAAUAUUAAAAAUAACCCGUGUAAAAGAUGGAUCACAAACAAGUCUUAUUCCAGUUUUUAAUGGUGGAGGUUUCGAUAAUGUUCUACCAGAAGUUUAUUCAAUUAUUAUUCAAUAA